CCUGACGUUAUUGAUUUAAAACCCGCUGAUCGGAAAUCAGUCAGCAAAGCUCUCGUUGUAAAGAAAUUGUAGCGCGAGGCCAACCGCUUCAACAGACUCAAAGUCAGUCCGACUGGCAACUGCCCAAGGUUGGCUGCUGGUUGUCGUCCAACGAGAGGUCGCAAAGUAAACACACUCACUGGCUGAAAGCGAAAGGAACGACUCCGCUGGACAACUAACUCGCAUUUUAGCGCUUGUCGUGUUCAACAGCCAGCCUUUAUUGCCUCUUUAAGCAGUACUCGACGGAGGGAAAGCGGCAGACAAGAUGGAUAUGCUCUGUUUCUGCUUGCCCGGCCACGGUGACAUGACCCUGAAGCACAUGAACUCUCUGAGGUCUCGCCAGUACUUUUGCGACAUCACCAUUUUGACCAGCAACAAUCAGACAUUCAGGGGACACAAAGUAGUGCUGGCGGCUUGUUCGCCGUUCUUGAGAGACCAGUUCCUCCUCAGUCCCUCCUCCAAGCUUCAGGUGUCAAUGCUGCACAGCUCCUCAGUCAUGUGUGAUCUACUACAGUCAUGCUACACUGGUGUGUUGCAAUUUAACUCUGAGGAGAUUGUCAACUACCUGACUGCUGCAAGUUACCUACAGAUGGAGUGUAUCGUAGAGCGCUGCAGAGAUGCUCUGAAGAAAUACAUGCAACUGAAGAACCCGAGUCAACUGAAGAUAAGUACUGAAGUGAGUCCACCUCAGCCUGUGAUUGUCAGCGGCAGCAUUCAUUCCAUUGCGUCACCCCCCACCGGCCGCCCUUCCCCUGCGCAUAGCCCUGAAGUGCACUUAGUGGACGAGAACAGCACACAGGAGAGCAGUCGACAACACGAUGGCAGUGCUUUGCCACACAAAGCAUGCGUAAAGGAUAAUGCAUCAGACGACGAAGGAGAGACCUGCCGGGAAAAGCAGCAAGUGUUCCAAGUGUACAUCUCUGACGAAGAGCAGAACAGUGUCAGGGAUGAGGAGACCGUAGCGCCCGCUGAUGUGCCUUCGGAUGCACGUUCCCCCAAAACAGAUGGGGUCGUGGUCGGAGGAGAGCGCAGCGAAUAUGACCUGAAUCCAAUAGGAGAAGGUCUUGGUACAGACAGCUUCUUAAGAGAUGGACUACGUGCUUUCAGGCACAGGUUAUCUGAACCUGUGCGAGGCAGAGGGAGACCAGCGGGAAGGGGUUUCAAGAGGAGACGCUGGGUGUCCACUCAGGAGAAAAAAUCUCCUAGGUUGGCUUCUCAAGAUUUGUGGUAUCUUGCCAAUGCGGCAACAGCAGGGGGCUUUGGCCUGGACUUCAGCGAAGGGCACAAGACGGGGAAUUUGUUCUCAGUCGAUCUCCCGCGGCUGGACUUCAGCUUAGACGACGCUCAAGGGGACAAAUCUUUGCAGUCUGAUGCUAAUAGUUUGACUAAUUUUGGCCUGGAGGAGUCUCGUGAUGCUGGUGAGGGGAGCUCUGGCUUAAAUGCUGGUACAAGUGAGGGAGGGGAUGAGUCCGUCGCCGUGGUGGGGUCCACGUCCAGCGUAACCGGUCCAGUUAUCUGCGAGCACUGCGGCGUGACGUGCCCCUCGUCUCACGCCCUGGCCGUCCACUACUGCUCCGCUCACCAGGUUUAUGCUUGCCCUUUUUGCGACAAGCAGUUCCAGCACUCCUACAACCUGAACCGACACAUGGCCUUGCACCGGGGCAACGGGAAACCCCACCAGUGCCCCCUCUGCUCCAAGGGCUUCACCCAGAGGUCCACGCUAAUCGACCACAUGAACCUCCACAGCGGCGAGCGCCCACACCGCUGCGCGUACUGCCACGCACGCUUCGCACACAAGCCCGCCCUACGGCGCCACCUGAAAGAGCAACACGGGAAAACAACAGUGCAGAAUUCCCUCCACGAGCAGGAGGAGCGAGAGAGAUCGGUCGGAAGGAUAAGAGAGGAAGCCCAAGAAUGUCCAGUUACUGAGCAAGUAUCUUAGAACCAAAGAAUUGAAGGCAAAACUAGUUUAACCACAUGUUAGUAGUUUAGCUGUGAGGCCUUUUGUAGCGCAGCACAAUAUGACUGCUCUGUCUUGCGGAAUUAUUUGAUACACUGUGUAGUGUCAGGAUAUUGCUGAAAAACUGCAAAUUUUACCUGAAGGUUGUAUAUGUUUUAAUGGUUUUAAAAGAAGAAAAUACUUUAUAUCCUGGUGUAAAUGAUUGUAAAUAAAUACAGCAUUAAAUGUCAAAGGAAGCCUGUGGGGCUUUGCUAAACGUAUUCAUUUGAACUUUCUUGGACCUCUGCUAUAGUACAUGCUGUAAUUAGAAAAUAAAACCAAGGUAAUUUCACUUGAUCUUA